ACAACUUUAGUAAAGAGGAACGACAAACAAUCACAAUGGAGACUGACGAAAGCACGUUGGAAACCAUGGAAAUAGGCUUCCAGGAGGUGUUAAAUGAAUUAUCAGGAGACGAAAAAUUCGACAAGUUUCGUGUGGAGUACGAGAAGGUCACCAAAGCUCUGCGGAAGUCCCACGAGAACGAAAAGAGACUGAUGGCCAAAUGCAGAGAGCUGAACGCAGAGAUAGUGUCCAACUCUGUCAAACUGUCCACCGCCAUGAAACUAGUGGAUGAAGAUCAUGCCUCCAUCAACACCCUUAAACAGGAAAUUGACAAGGCCUGGAAAAUGGUUGAAGCUUCACAUGAAAAGGAGUUGCAGGCUAAAGAAACAAUUAAAAAGCAAAAGGAGGAAAUCGCCAAUCUAAACAAGCUCGUGGAAAAAGGAGCCGGAGUCUCUGGGGGUCAAGAAUACAGUGUGGGCGAUCUGUUAAAGAUCAAAGAGGAGCUGACCGUGCAGAGAGACAAGCUUCUGUCGGAGGUGGUUACACUUCGGGAAAACCUCACUAAAGCCACCGGUGCUCAGCAGGAGAUCGAGGCUGAGAAGAACAAAGCCAUGGACAUGAUUGCUCAGCUCCAGCAGGAAAUCCAGGUGCGUCAGAAUGAGGUUCAUCGGGAGACCAGAAGGAAGGAGAAGUUGGAAAAGGAAGUGAAGCAGUUUCAAACUGACCUGGAGUCCAAACAAUCAGAGAUUAAAUUACUGAGUCAGCAGAGCCAGCGUUUUCAGGACGAUCAGCAGAAACUGGAACAACUGCUCCAGGAACACAAAAUUAUAAAUGAGAAAAGCAGUAAAGAAAUGGAACAGCUCCAACAGCGCAACACCAAACUGCAGCAAGAUAAUGAACAAAACUCCAUCAACCUAGAGCAACUCUCCCAACAGAACCAACAGCGAGCAUCAGACCUCAAGAUGAAGGAAGAGGAAGUAACUCAGCUGAAACAGGAGAUCACUAAACUCACCAGACUGAGAGAGGGGGCGCAGAGGAGACUCAGACAGAUGGAGGAGCAGAAAGCAGAGGUGGAGAACCAGAGAGAAACACUCAAGAAUCAAAUCACUGGACUAGAGAGAGAAAUGGAGGCCUCAAAGAAUCAGAUUGAUACGGACAAGAAGGCGAUAGAUGAACUGGUGCGGGAGAGGGACAUCCUGAAUAAGAAUAUGAUCAAGGCGGCGAAUGAAACAGACAAACAGCAGACCCUUGUGAAGCUCCAUGAACAGUCCAAGAAGACGCUGGAGCAUGAGAUCCUAAACUACAGGGACGAAGCCCAGAAACAGAGAAAGAUCAUUUACCAGCUGGAGAAGGAGAGGGAUCGCUAUAUAAAUGAGGCCAGCGAGCUCACCAAGAAGGUUCUUGAGAAUAUCGAGGACAUUAAACUGAAGGAGAUGCAGAUAUUUGAGUAUAAGAAGAGGAUCGCAGAAGCUGAAACCAAGCUGAAGCAGCAGCAGAAUCUCUAUGAGGACGUCAGAACAGAGAGGAACCUCUUCAGCAAGAACCUGAUUGAGGCCAAGGAUCAAAAUGCUGAGAUGAGACGCAAGGUGAAGAUCGUGAACCACAUGUUCGAGCAGCUGAAAGAUGAAAUAACAGCGAAAGAGGUGGCUUUAGACAAGGAGCGCCAGGAGUUCCAGCGUGUCGAGAGAGAGCGGGAAAAUCUCAAGGCUGAGCUGCAGAAAAUGAAGCUUCAGGCCCAAGAGACAAAGCAGCUGCUUGCGAAACAGCAGGCGCAGGAGCAGGAGCUGCUGAAGAUCAUAGCAGAGGCUGAUGCUGAGAGAAUCCGGCAGAAGAAAGAGCUGGAUCAGGUAAUAAGUGAGCGUGAUCUCCUGGGGACACAGUUGGUGAAUAGAAAUGAUUCGCUUUCGCUACUGUAUGAAAAGGUCAAAAUCCAGCAGUCCAUCUUGAACAAGGGCGAGGUGCACUACAACGAAAGACUGGAGGACAUCAGAGUCCUAAAGAUAGAGAUCAAGAAGCAACGACGAGAAAAAACCAUCCUCAGCAAGACCGUAAUAAACGUGGACGACCUCAGACAGGAAGUGUUUCAUAUGCACAGGGAACUCAUGAAAGAGAGGACAAGAUGUCGGGCUCUGGAGGAUGAGCUCAACAAUCCCCUGAAUGUUCACCGCUGGAGGAAGCUCGAGGCAAGCGAUCCAAGCUCCUUUGAACUGAUUCAGAAGAUUCACUCUCUGCAGCGGAGGCUCAUAUCAAAGACGCAGGAGGUUGUGGAGAAGGAGCUUCUGCUACAGGAGAAAGAGAAACUUUAUGUUGAGCUGAAACACAUUCUUGCUCGGCAACCUGGACCGGAAGCUGCGGAAAAACUGCAGGUUUAUCAGCGAACACUCCGGGAGAAGACCAAACAACUGAAGGCUCUCACAGCAGAACUCAACAUGCAUGAGUCCCAGUCUGAAGACUACAAGUAUGAGAUUGAACGGCUGGUCCAUGAACUCCAGGAGGUCAAGAAAAAAUACCUUGCACAGAAACGGAAAGAUCAGGAGAACAGGGAGAAGGAGCGAAGUCUGGGCCCAGCAGGACAGCCUGUGAUCCAGCCUCAGCGUCCGGACGGCCCUCGAUUCACUGGAGGAGGCUUCAGCCUUAAACAGCACAACAGGAUGACACUUCAAGCCCUGGAACAGCAGUCCUGAUGCCCGCCAGAACCCUCCGAGGACCCUCUUCACCCAUCAUCGCCUCUCCAUAGACAACAUUUUCUCUUUUUUUUUUCUUUCAGCUCUACUGGUGCUUCUCGGCUCUUCAGUCAGCUCCUGUAAGCAACGCAUUAAAGCCAGUUCUUUUCAUUUUCUGCAACAAAAUAAAGUCUUGUUAUU